AUGCCUCACCGCAACACGAAGCCUGCCAGCGCGACGGAACGCUUAGGGGAGUCGAGAGCCGGCAGCGGGGCGACUGACGGUGGCAAAACAAGCGCAGCCAGCCACGCCGCAAAAGCCCCCGACGCAAUGCCCAAAGAUCACACAAGCCAGCGGACAGCCGCCAGCGAGGCCGCCGAAAGAUUCCGCGCCCAACUGAACAGAUCCCUCGACGACUUCGCGCUCGUGUACAAUGACCUGAUGGACAAGCACGGCGAGCAGGCUGCCGACGAGUUUGUGCAGCAGCUCGGCCAACCAACGUGCGUCUACCUGAACACCCUUUUGGGGGAGAGGCUCUCCAGGCAGGACCAAUCCCGCCUACGCUGGUUCCAGAGAUCGGAUGCUACCAAUCGCUGCCCGUGGGACCGAUCUGCGCUCGCACUAUACGCCCACUUCGGCCCCCAAUUCUGCAGAAAAUCUUUCUUGGACGCCCUGAGGAAAUUCGCGAGGCUGGUCCCUCGCUGGGAGGACGCAAAGGCCAAGCUCGACGAAGCUGUGCGAGCAGCAGCGGUGCAGAAGGCGGACCAAGGAUCGAGGACCGGCCGUGUAACGCUGGAUGGCGCCGUCCACCGCUUUCAGCUGAACCUUGCGAUCUCGAUGCUUUCUUCGGCACGCGAGGCAGCAACAGCAGACAUGGCCAGUCACCUUGUCGAGGAACGAGAGGAAGACGCCCUCCAGCACGGCGAGGAAAGCGUCGCCGCCGGCCCGCUCUUGGAGAUGGCGUCCUCUACAGAAGCCGACCGCCGACCUCCUUCUCCCGGCGAUGGCGUUCAAUCUGCAAAGGAGCUCGUCGAGCAGUCGGAAGGGCAAGCGCGCGGCUUCGCCGUGGAGGACAUCGCCGCCAGCCCGGUCUCUGAAAUCGUACCUUCCCCCGAGAAGGUCCGACGGCAUGACGAGGAAGCAGGCGUGCAGGUUGACGACACGCAGGUUGAUGACACGCCUGAGCCCCGAUUUCGCAGCCAGACCAGGACGCCUACUUCGACAAAGCAACAGUGUUCCCUGUCCUCACCUGGCACACCGUGCCCUACACACAGGAAGCGGCUCUCGCCCUUGUCAGGAACACCCAUCGUCACACCUGCAAAGAGAUGCUUGUCCCUACCGCCAGACUCCGCUGAGCGACCUAAGCACCGCAGGAGGACGACAGCUAUUUUCAGCGAGAACGAGGAAGGCCUUACAGAACUCUUGGACAGUCUUUCAAACAGAGAGCGUGCCGACUCGGCCCCCAAACUGAUGUCCGCCACUCUGACAUGCGAUUCUGUCGCGGUCGGUGUCAACUUUCACAUGAUGGGAAGCAAUGCAAAACACCCAUUGAGUGAAGCAGUCUUGUCUCGGAACGGGCACCAAGAUUCUCAACAUCUCGCAGUCGCGCCCGGAGCCCCAAACGACUUUGAAGAAGGCUCGCAGCGUGUUCAAGGAGAUGCAGCUGCCGAUGGAGACAAGGCCGUCGAGAAGCCGGUCGCAAGCUUGCCUCCUUGCACCCAGCCCAGGGCAUCUACCACGUCUACAGGCCUCGACGACGCGACCACUGGUUGGAACAGUGCCUCGGAACCUUCGGUCGCACCCAUGUCAUCGAGGCCACCAUGGGAACCUACCUGUUCCUCCGGCACAGCCGGUGGAGCUGGCACAUCCACUACCUCUUGCACCGCGCCACCUCCGGUGCAUGGCAGGAUGAUACUAGACAAUCAACCCCUGAGUAGCGACAUCGUUAUGCCGAUCUUGCAUAGCUUCAACCCCAGACCCGAUACGCUGUACGUUGCCUCGAGUUUCCACUUCACCGACGCGCAGCAUUCCUCAAGGUUGCCGCGUUUUCUUCCUGACCAGCACCGCAACCUUGUAGCAGGCGUUUAUCUUUCUGCCAUCCGCCACUGGUGUGCAGUGUUCAUCAACCUGGACGAUCAAAGCAUCGAAACCUUCGACCCUCUCGGCAACCCGGCGUGCGUUUUUCAAGUGCAGUCCAUCGCGCGAGCCGUCAUGUCCUUGAAUACGCCCGAGGUUCAAAGCUGGAGACUCAUCAACUCCAGAGGGCCUGCAACGUUCCGCCAAUCCGAUUCGAUCUCUUGCGGCCUCUUCUCAGUCGUCUACCUGCUGCACCGCAUGUUCGGACUAGACCUGCCGGACCGACUGCAUCCCGCUGUGUGGCGCAUUCUACUUAGUCGUCUGUUCGAUGGCGACGGCUCCCAUGUUACCGAGCUUGCCGCCAAAGCGUUCCCGCCAGAUCUCAUGCAGUCGAACGACAUCGGACGAAAGCCAUGUGACGUACAGUCAAUGUUCGAACGCUUCACUAACGAGCUCGAGGAGAUCAACUUCAUGUCGAAUCAAACACAAUCUGCGCGCCUUCUAACGAGAGCAGCAAUAUCCUCAGCAGAUGCUAUCGCGAAGAAGGCCGCCAAGUACGCCGACUACGUCUCCAAACAGGAGGCGUGGUGCAUCACAGUCACCGGCGACAAGAAUCCCUUUCCCGCGGACAUCAUCAAUGCUGAACACGAAAACCUUGCCAAGUUCCGUCGCAUCAAGAAGGUGCUUUGCGUGAAGGUGGCAGAAUUAUCCACCGACAAUUGCACCGCCCUCACGCAAGUAUCACAGGGUGCGAUCAAUCUCCAGGAAUGGAUCGAUACUCGGCGCCUGCAGGUUCAGCGCCGCAUAGAAGACUAUUCAAGAAGGAUCAAGGAAGAGCAGACCCGGCUUGAGGAGUAUCACCAAGAGCAAGAAGCUAAGCUGGCACAGGCUGCAGAGGAUUUGCAGCAAGCCAGGGCCCACAGCGAACAAAUUCAGGCAUUGUUGCGCGUAGGUGGGCAACCAACGUACCGACAAAACAUAACCGGAAGGGGGUCUUAA